GGCACAGUCUUUACCUGAGCGCGAACCGGCGCGCCUCAAGGCACCACGUGAUGUUGAUUUGCAGGUGUUUUGCGAUUUGCCAUCACGGUGAACUGAACUUCACGCCUGUUCGCGUCCCCCUUUUGGAAGGCUAAUACGCGAACACUCAUGCCCUACUCUUGGUCUUCACCUUUUAAUGACCUUUAGACCAACGAGGACCUCACCCGUUUCCAAAAUCUCAAGUCUUGCCCAUUCAUUGCUUGAAUCCGGGGAUUUGACGCGAUCGUCUGCGGUUUCGAUUCAGGAGCUCGUUGGUUUAAGCACCUACGAUGUCGAACUCAUAGACGCCAUUGUCGACCGUGCUGGACCAGAAUCGAGUACUUUCCCCGCCAUAUUCGCUGCAUACAACGCUAUACUGAAGGAAUGGGACGUGGAUCCGUCGGAGGUCAUUUAUUAUGGGAAACUGCUCAAGCUGGGGACGUUGAAGGGAUCCAGUUGGAGUCAGAAAUGGCAGGCAGUGAAGGAGCAGCAAGGAUAUGGGAUCAGAGCUGCACGCACGAAGCGGCGAGUUGCCCCAACGCUUCCUCUCCACUCUCCGGUCUCUCCCUUUCCUCGCUCGCUGCAAUUGGACGAUGAUACCACGGCGAGCGAAAGAAGUGAAGCACGCUCUCCAGCUCCGCAAUAUCAUCAGACCAGACGACGGGGCUUCUCACCUACGCCAUCCGAACAAACCUCGGUAAUCUCAAGCCCGAGUGAGUAUCUAUCGCGGAGGCACCAACCUGCGCCACUCAUGCGGAUUCCGGCCGGCAGCGACCAAUCCGACACAACGGAAGGCCCCGCUGUUCCAUCAACGACUCCGCCCUCAUAUAGAGCGAUCAUGCGUGAUCCACCUCCUGUUUCGUUGCCGUCCAAACGACCGAGUGCAUCUUCUCUUGCUGUGGCACGAGAAAAGCUUGCCCAGGUCAGACAGCGCGGUGGAAGUGUUACGAACGAGGACGAUGCCUGGAAGAAAAUCAAGAUGAUCGAGGACGAAAAGCUUGCAGACAGAGUGCGAAACGAGAAGCUGGUCGAAAGGUGUUGGGAUGUAUGGAAACAAGGUUUUGAUUGGAUUGCAACCACCAGUGAUCAGGUUGCCGAUGCUCGGGACAAUGUCACAUUGCGGCUUUGUAUGCAUCGAUGGAAACUAAGGGCGGCCGAAUCCCAGCAACUGCAAGACCGUAUUGUCCGUCUUGCAAACCAGCGCGUUUUACAGUCCAUCUUCAAAGCAUGGAAGGCCAAGGCCAGAGAACGCGCCCAAGCACGUUGGAGGGCCUCUAUGCGAGCGAAAAUGAAGACCGUCCGAGAUAAAAGGGAACACAAGCUUUUGAUGAACGCCUUCGGGAUCUGGAGUGAACGCUAUCGAGCAAGAUUGGCUGAUCAGCACUACGUUAUGACCUUGCUCGUCCGUUUCUAUUCUCGCUGGAGGCACCGUUUGGGGCAUUUAGAACAUCUCGACGACUAUGCCCAAUCAUUUCUCAGGACAUUGGAUAACGGUGUGCUAGAGCGACGAUGGUUCUACUGGAAGCAUGCCGUCCAGCUUCAAAUGGCAGAACACAUGGUCGUCCGCAACGUCGCUCUGAGACUCAAAAGUCAAGUCUUGGACAUUUGGCGAAGGAGAUUGGAAAACAACCAUGUUGCAGACCUUCAGCACCAGUCCUUUUUAAAGAGGCGAUCCAUUCUUGGAUGGAAAAAAGCUCGGCACAGGUUGGAAUUCAUGAACGAGAAGGCCAUCAUGCAUGUAUCACUGAAGGACGAGCGGCUAUUGAAGGCCAAAUAUUCACUAAUGCGAAUUCGAUAUUUCGGCCGGCGCUUGGAGGUGAUUGCUGGACAACGAGGACUGGUCGAUGCGUGGAACCUAUGGAAAGACCAGUUACAGGCAGCCAAAGCUCGCGAAGCCAUUGCAGUCGCCCAUUCUCUCCAAACCAACUCUGUGUUGGCUGUAUCUGCGUUGGAAAAAUGGAGGAAUGUCUACUUGAGCCAUCAGAAUGCUCAAUCCUUCGCUGACCAACGGUACGACUCGGUGGUGCAAGCCAAGCUUCUCUUCGCAUGGCGAAUCAAACUACGGGAAAAGUACAAGUUGAUGCGUCGGGCUCGUGCUUUGUUCAACCACCUGGUGCUCCGAUCAGCCUGGGGUCGGAUGCGUGAAAGCUUGGCAGAGAAAAGACGUGUCAACAAACUGAAGCUCGUCGAGGCUCGCAAAGUCCAACGUGUCUUCGUAGUCUGGCGAGAAAUGGCUUGCAGGAUGCAGAACAUGAGACGGGUGCAGGCGGUGGUUCGACUGGCCAUAUUGGAGCGAGCCCUGCGCAAGUGGACCGAUCGGACCAUAGAAGUGAAAAAUCGCGAGUUACAGAUCGUCCUCGAUCGCAAAAGCACAUUACUACAGAGGACCUACAACAAAUGGAAGUGGGCGCGCGGUCGACACAUUGAGGAGGUCAGCCUUUUAGAAAGUUACAAUCUUGUCAAGAGAGAAGAGGACAUUCGUAAAAUCUUCCAUCGCUGGCUAGCAGCUGCUCGUACAACGCGGCAUCGCCGAAUCACUCUGGAACGCAGGGAAGCUGAGAUGCAGCUGAGCAUAGUGGCUGUGGCUUGGGGAAGGUGGCGAGAGCAAUUCAAGAAUCGACAGCUCCAGCCCAUUGAAUAUGAUGUGAUCUUGCAACGCCAGCAUAAUACACUUUAUCAUGUGUUCAUGCUGUGGCAGUCGAAGGCUCAGACUCUGCCUGCUAUCCGGUUCAACGCUAGGCGUGUCAAGACAGCACAUUGGAAGAUAUGGCUCCAAGCUUUACCUCGUGCUCUCCAACACAAGGAGGCCAAAGAAAUCGACAGGAGAAGAAUGCUCACAAAGUCUCUCAGACACUGGAGUGAGGCUUACCGGACCAAAAUUGCCCUCAAAGCAGUGGCGAGAGCAAGAUAUAUGCGGCUUCCUACAGCCAUAAAACACGUCCCAGCGCGAUCAACUGUCGCUUCUCGACCAACGAUCCCUGCGCCCGCCACACGCAGUGUCUUUCCGCGUCGCAGGACCAACACUGAAGAUCAAAGUAGUGUGGGGAGCGAGGAUGAAGAAAGAUUCACCGAGCCCAGUCGCUGGCGUCAGCAUUCGCGACCAAGAAGUGUACGUUCAGAGAUUAGUUCUCCGAGACGUCCCCAGCCCAUACCGGUCACUCGCGCCUCGAGUCCGGCGCGAUCCACCUUUGCACCCAGGUCGGUCAUCUUCCCCCCGCGACCGUCAAGCUCUACUGCAGGUGAUGACGGUCGGGCGCCAACCAGUCUGCUGCACGAACUUCGUCAGCUCCAAAUGCGCGGUAAAAGUCCUUCCGAGCGAUCACGAACCAGAGAGCCACCAUAAGUCUCCACACCACCUCUGCCCCCGCUAUUUAUCUCUCUAUUUAUGGCACGUUUGUAAUUCUACACCCUUGUACAUUAUGCUGUCGCAUUGCUUUUCAUCGAGCUGUCAUCUGUGUUCACGAAUUUUGAUAGUAUUGCCACCCAACCCAGUUUGCAAUCACGAAAUAUGCUGUUGUGGGUAUCAAGAAGAGAGCGAAGUACUUGUAAUGGUCGUCUCUUGCGAGCGAAUCAAGUAUCUAGAAGUGAUGAGCCAUGAGUAUUGCUUCAGAAUGACGUUGGCUACAGGAACACCAGUCAGCGGGAGUAGUCUGCUCAAAAGAAUGGCAUAGAGGUUGAAGCAGAAGAACACAGUGGAUGACAGUAGGAUGAGGUGACCCGAUUUCAUGAGACUUGGUAGGAAACAGAGUUCGUC